AUUUUGCAUUUCAUUCAUAACUGGAAAUCUUAUAAUACCGCCGCUGCUACCAAUUUUUUAAUUAAUUACCAUUAUUCAUAUAACCCAUUUUUGUUUUUCUGUGAUUUUUAUAAACGAGUAAAACUUUCACUGUGUACCAACUAGUUUCAUAAUAAAAAAACAUAUCACUCAUUUUUCACAGAUGGCAGAUGUACCGGAAGUAACAACUUCAUCUCCAUCAGAGUUGCUAGCAGCAGGACGGCGGCAUCUUGCUGUAAGAGACUUCAGUUCUGCAGCUGGUGUCCUAGCUAAGGCUUGUGAGGCCCUCGCUAAGGAGCAUGGUGAUAUGGCCGAUCAGUGUGCUGAGGCUUAUUUAUGGUAUGGUAAAGCACUUCUUGGCUUGUCCAGAGAAGAGAGUGGUGUCCUUGGAGAUGGUAUGCCAGGAACUGGAAAUCCUGAGGAUGAUGAAGAGAAUGAGGAUGGUGCUGACGAUGGUGAAGAGAACCAGAAUGGAGAAGCAGAACAAAAUGUUGAGAACAACAAGGAAGUUGAGGUGGAGAAGAUUGAAGCCGAAUCUACCACAAAAGAAGAAGAGCCUGGUAGCAGCACAGUUGCUGCAGGGGACAGUGAUGAACCAGGUACAAGCAAUAAUGGUGAGGCAAAUGAGGAAUCUGAAGUGAACCUUGACAAUGAAGAUGAUGUUGAUAAUUUGCAAUUGGCCUGGGAGAUGCUUGACCUGGCGCGCAACAUUCUGUCUCGGCGUGCGGAAGAAGCCGCUGACGGCGUGGCGGCUCGCGCUUUGCUCGCGGACGUGCACCUGGCACUGGGCGAGGUGGCGCUCGAGAGCGAGACAUACGACAAGGCCGUUAUCGACAUGCAAAGUUGUUUGGAAUUGCAAAAGGAACUUUACCAUAGCGAUGAUAGGAGAAUUGCUGAAACUCAUUACCAAAUUGGACUUGCAAACUCCUUGGCAUCUAAUUUUGAGGACGCAAUAACACACUUCAAAAACGCGGCGAACAUUCUAGAAACUCGCAUCAAGACGCUAGAGAACCCUUCAGCAGCGAAAGAUGAUGCCACCGUAAAGAAAUUCUCAUCGGCCGAUCCGUUCUACACUGUUGAGGGCGAGAUUAAAGAGCUUAAGGAGCUGCUCCCUGAAAUCCAGGAGAAAAUUCAGGACAUGAUGGAUUAUAAAGCUGAGACAAUAAAACGUGUACGCGAGACCCUUUGUUCUGCAAACGGAGAGGGCUCAUCGCACAUUAACGGCGCCAGUUCCAGCACAUCAUCACAAAAACCCGCAGCAGACAUCUCGCAUCUUAUCAAGAGGAAACGGAAGUCCAGCGAGGGCGACGCCGAGUCGUCCGCAGCAAAAAGGGUUAACACGUGAAUUUAGAGUGUAACUAUCUGUACAACCAAGAACCUUAAUGCCUGGUAUUAGAGGUUGUAAUGUACAGAUACUAUUUGGAAAAGAUGAAAGUGCUCGUGAGGCAAAGGAAUUGUGCAUUUCAAAUUAGUAUAUGCAGGUUGGAAUCUAAAUAUUUAUUAAUACAUGGGCGAAAUGCGACAAAACAUUUCAAAAAUUUUAACAUUAACACGACGCGUUCGUCUUUCAAGUUAUUAUGGAGACUAACUCUUUUAUCAUUAUUAAUAAAAACCUUUUUACAAAUCUAUUAUAGUUUUGUCACUUUUAUUCAAAUUGAGAAUUUAGCAUAAAAGAAAGAGACAAAAUAGUUUAAUAGCUAAAAUAGGUUUACGAGAGGUUUGCGAUUUUUAUGGAUAAGGGGCUUUUUUUGUCAAUUUACGAAUUAUAUUCCUUUGUAAUAAGAAAAUACAGUUUCAUGCCCUUUAAUGACGCGAAUGAUUUCGAUUUCACCCUGACUUAAUUUUAAUUGUAUAUUAAUCGAUUUGUUUUAAUAAAAUUUUAAUAAUCAGUAUAUUGAAUCCAAUUCUCUGGGGUCGUAACUAUUCUCGCAACAAAGUACACGAGUACUUGUUUCGCAUCGAUUCCUUUGUGGUCACUAGCACUAAUCAAGUAACAGACUGAGUUAUUUAGUACGAACUAGAUUUAGAUUAUUUUAACGAUUAUUUUAUGAAUCCUUUUAAAUUAUUACAUUAGAAAUACUGUUCAGGGAGGUUCAAAAACCUAUUUUACACGAAUCAUAACGUAUUAUAAUUUUUUUUAUAACUCUCCGAUAAAACUUAGUCGCCUAAUAUUAUAAUAUCCUCAAUACUGAAGUAUGCACAAAUAUGUAUUAUAUGUUAAUUUUCAAAAAUAAAUAAACAAUUUUUAAUAUUAA